AUGGAUCUUCCGGCCUUCGACAUGUGGAAGGAUUACCUCAACCUCAACCAGGUUGUCCUGGAACUGGUUCAACAUCAUCGGAGCUCCAAGCUGGAGGUCCCGGAGGAGGAGGCCGAGGAGUCAAGACCCCAAGUCCAGCUGCGACCCAAGCAAGAUCAGGGGCCAGGGGCCUGUGCAGAGUUGCCCACUCUGUGUAACUUUUGCAAACACAACGGAGAAUCGCGGCAUGUCUACACGUCCCACCAGCUGAAGACCCGGGAGGGCACCGUGGUGUGCCCCAUCCUGAGGCACUACGUGUGUCCCCUGUGUGGGGCCACCGGGGGCCAGGCGCACACGCUCAAGUACUGUCCCCUCAACGGCAAUGAGCAGUCGCUCUAUCGGCGAAGUGGACGCAACUCAGCUGGCCGCAAAGUCAAACGCUGA